GGCGUCACCACCGUUCCCGGAAGCACAACCGUCGGUUCCUGGGUGGCCCUCGAGACACACCGUCGCCUCUUCCCACUUCAGAGCCUGCCACGCCGAAGCUGGAGGCGAUAGCCGAGCCGCAGAGAAGGAACAUUGUCCAGCGGAUAGCGAUGAGGCGCCCGAGCUCAAAGAAAGAGCCAACCCCAGCCGCUGCACCCGUUGAUAUUGAGAGGCCGGAAGAUCCGCCGUCAUUCGACGAGCAGCGUCGCCCGUCUCGCCGCCUGAGCGCGCCAAUGGAACCCAUCCCUGAGUCUGCAUCGCCGCGACCGAGUGUAGACUUACGUAGACCUUCGGGGAGUCCGCCUGCGGGAGGUCAUCGCCUCAGCGCGCAUCCAAAUGCGCCCAUCAUCGUUGAGGAGCCGACGCCCAUUAGCCCCCGAAAUCUCGACAGCCAAGCAGGGUGGCAUCGGAGCCAGCGGUGCUUGUUGCCUCACGGAAGCCCAGCGCAGCCCCCUCAAAACCAGCAUCCCCAGCACCAGAACCAGAACCCAUGCCACCCGUUCAGCGCUCAGCCUCCCUCCCACCGGAAGACGUCCCACCUGAAGACAAAGCCCCUACACGCGCCCCUACACGCGCAAAUUCAGUGGCUACCGAGCCUGCUGCCAGCCGCAAGCCGUCGGUUCUGCAGCGCAUGCGCACCGGCUGGCGACAUAGUCUCGGCAACGGUGAAGCCGCGCCGAGCGUCAUCGAUGAGCUAAACGAUAAGGCGGCGAAGGAAGAAGAGACGGCGGCUGACGAAGGUGUGAAGGGGGCAGAAGAGAGAGCCUCGACCCCACCUCCACGAGUGGCUACCCAGCCGCCUCCCGAACGCGCUCCUACUGUCAAGGUCCCGGAACGUUCGGCUCCGCAGCCUUCGAUUGGACCCGAGGAGGGCGAGAAGGCCCGAGGCUAAGUUAAUCUUUGAGGGAUAUUAGUGUCUGGGGAGCCUGGCUUUCGACUGCUGUGAAGCGGCUGAGGUAAUUCCAGCGACGGACUUGUUGCUUCCAUUAGCUGUGGGCG